CCUUGAUAAAUGAACCACUCCACUUAUUUCUAAAAUUAUUUAGUCCACAAACUGAGAUUUCCAGUCAUCAUUUCGCCUGCCUCCCGCACACUCGAGCAUUCGAACAGAAUUCUCAAGGAUUUCUAGGACGACAACAACAACGAAGAGAUUACAGACGUGAAUAUGUCUGUCGCAGGCUUAAGGCAGAGCCUAUUGCUCUGGAGCGUUGACUACUGGAAUCUGGAAGCUGUGAUGGCGGACAAUGUGUUCAAGUCGCACGAUUUCGGGUUACGCGCUCAAAAGAAAAUACUAUCACGCAUGGCAACGAAAAACAUAGCGAAAACUUUUAUUGACGGCACAACGGCCUCGCUCUUGGAUAAUCUCUACAAGCUGUGCAUAUUGCACACGAACAGCAAGCCGCAAGCUGAGAAACUCUUGAAAAACAUCAUCAAAAUCGUCAUCAAAAUUGCAGUGUUACAUCGAAACAAUCAGUUUACCGAAGAGGAGCUAAAACAUGCGGAGCUCUUUAAGCGCAAAUUUCAGAACACACAACUGUCCAUCAUAUCAUUUUACGAGUUGGACUUCAGCUUCGAUCUGGCAUAUUUGCAAAAGUCCAUCAGUGAGUCGCAUGAGGCGCUCAAGCAAAUUGUGCAGCCACAUUUAACGAACAAGUCAAUAGGCCGCAUCGACGAUGUGUUCAAUUUCUUUGGCGAUGCGUCGCUGCUGGAAACGGCAUUCAAACCAGAUUCGCCAUAUCGCGAGGUGAUGGGCAAAAUUGUCGCAGAUAUUAAUUCGGCCAUGGAAACGGGUGAUUUGUGAACUGAAUGCAGUCAGAUGCUGCAAAGCUAUCGCAAGAGGGGCUAUUAUCAAACCAAAAACAAAAACACGAAAAGAAAAAAAGACAACAUGAAAUACAAAAAGCUAGUUUAAAGCCUACACUGUCCAACAAAAAGAAAGUUAGAAAGCGGAAGGUAACAAGAAAAACAAAGAAAACUCUGCAGGCAAAAGGCAUAUUUUAAUUGAAUUGGUGAUAUCACUAUUAACACUUAUUAAGUAGAAGUCCAAAAACGUCCAGAUCGAUUGAUUUAUUCUAAGACAAUGUUAACAUUUUUGUCGUUUAGAUUGUAAGUGAAAUGCAUUUCGCCAAAGGAAUUCACAAACAAACAAACAAAUAAGCAAACCCACAAGCAAAAUACUUUUAUUAUCAAUAUAUUGUAAUUGUAUAUG